AUGGAUAUUUAUGUACCACCUCUAAAAAUAUUGCAACCUUUCAAUUGGAUAUAAAAGUAAAUCACAAUAAUCUAUGACUUAUAAUCAACAGAAGUUCUUUUAGAGCAACUUUAGGAAUAAACAAGAUCUUCCAAAAAUGAUAAUAAACAACCUGAGAGGAAAACUAGAGCUCGAAUUUAAAGAUAAUGA